UUAAAAUUUAUUUAUUAUCUUUGUUUGAAAAAUCAAAAUAAAAAUAUUCUAUUUUUUUAGCUAUUUUUCGAAACUAUCAAAUUCUAUUUGUAAUAAAUAAUUAAUAUAAUAUAUUCCACACAACGUAAAAUUAGUUUACUUACAAAUCAAUGGCCACAUUACCAUUUAACAAUCAAUAUGAGUUCACUGGAGACCUCAGCUCAUUACCAAGAUCUCACAAAUUUCUAUUAAAGUUGGGCAACUUAAUUCAAGUCCAAAACUCAAAGGUCUGUUCCUCAACAUCACUAGCAAGUGACGUAUUGUCUUUGUCUACGAUGGUUGAAGAUGGGAUAUCAGUGAAUAGCUUGGACGGAUCUCUAAAACGCUUCAAAUCGACUAGUCGACAUAAUAAGCCUAAUUCUCAUUUGGAUAGCACCAUUCCUAGCCCUCAUCCCUCUCCUCACUUACCUCAUGCUUCCCUCUUCAACUUUCGUAGGCGUCGGUCUUCCCCUCAUUACGCUACUCCUCAGUUGACCUAUCUGUCUAAUUCUUCCUCAAACGCAAAUUUAACAGACAUCAACGUCGGUAAUAUUAGUUCGAACAAUGUAAUGAACCCCCACUCGGAUGGAAUAUUUUCUAUCCAGCAAUACCUCAACCUGAAAAUACCAGGAUUGGUUGCCGAAACAGCUUCUAAGGAAAUUAUUGAAGCGUCUAAAAGCGAACCCUACGGCUUACGAGGUUGUGUUAUUAGGGUUAAACUGGCUCUUAAUAAUAUCAGUGGAACCGGCUACACUCUGGGGCACGUUAUUUGUGACCCUGAUACGAUUACCACUCAUAGAAUGGAGCUCAUUCUUAGAGAGGACGAACAAAAAUUUUUGACUAAGCUGAAAUAUAUGUUGCCAAAAAAAUUAGCCAAAAUAGCUCCUAUUAUAAUAUCCUCACAGUAUACUCUUAGUAAGAAGCGGUUGUUCCGCUCUUCUGAAUAUGAUACAUCUGCUGAAGAAUAAUAGAUUUUAUUAUAUUUUUUUAUACUUAAAUAUUAAAUAAUAUAGAUUCAUUCAUUAGGAAAUUAGUUAAUUUUUUAAAAAUUUACAUUGAGUAUUUAAAAAAUCAGUUAUUUUUUUAAAAAAACAUUAUAUUUGAUAAAAAUUUUCAUUAUAGUAUUUAUAUCUUAUUUAUAAUUUACUUGUAUGUUUUUUGUAGCCCUUUUAACUCAAAGACUAAAUAUUAUUUCAGAGAUUAUAAUUUAAAGAAAUACAAAUAAAAAUUUUAUAUUUAUUAUAUUUAAGGCAUUGAUUUUUCUUUUAUUACAGAAUAUUAUUGUCCCAUGCAAAAUGAUAACUCAUGAAAAAUAUAUUUUGUAUUAAAUAUUUAUAACUAUGAGAACGAAGAAGCCUCAUAUUAUUCAUAAUUCAUAUUGUAAUAACUUAGAAUUUUUUUGUUUGCUUA